UUGUUGUUUUUUAAAAAAGAGCUAUUCUUUUGUCCAAAACUCAGAAUCCUAAUGGACCCGUUAGAUUCAAUCAAUGAAAACGAAGACGACGAUGACAUUUUCACCGACGCACUUCUCCAAUGUUCCGCCGACGACCCGCCGGAAACUUCUACCUCCGAUUCCACGUUUCCAGAUUCUAAACCCAUCAUCUCCCCCGAACCUCAAGAUUCGCAUUCCAACCCACCCCCAUCCUCUUCCUCUCCGCCCACCUUACUUCGCCGCCGAUCAAUUCGUCACCGAACAAAUGAAUCAUCAGAUUCCGGCACCGAUAUUGGUUCAAUUAAUGUCACAAGAAGAAGCUUCCGACAUAAGCCAAGGUAUAUAAAUCUCAAACAAGAUGAGAAUUUCACCGCGAAACCCUAUUCCGAUGAAGCACAAAAAACUAUCACUUCACAAGCUCUGGUUCCUGAAACAGAAGAGAAAAACGAAGAAUCUACCAUAACUACAGCUACAAUCGAUGCUGAAGCUAAUGAUUCCGCUGACUCGGUACCGCGACUCGGUGACUCGUCUUCGAGUAUUCUAGAAUUGAUAGCAGGGUUGGUAAUUAAGAUAUUAGGGUUUCAAAUUAAAUUAAUCUUCAAUUUUGUAAAAUAUCCGUUAUUAUUCAUGUUUCAUUGGUGCUUGUUUUUUAUGGAUCCUUUUGGGACAAGGAGAAUAUGCAAAGAUAUUUUCUUUGGGAUUUUGUGCAGAGUUUGGAGUGUUGUGUUUGAAUACAUUAGACCUUAUGUUAGGAAAUAUUUUAAAGGAAAUGAAUCAAUUUGGAGUGUAAUGUUUAGGUUUGGAUGGGGAUUGUUGUGGUCAAUUUAUGUUUGUUGUAUUUUGAUUGGUUUGUUAGUUUCUUCAUUUGUGUUUGGUGGGUUUUUGAUGAAGUGGUUCGUGGAGAAGCCGAUUCAGAUUAAGGAAGUUUUGAAUUUUGAUUAUACUAAGCUUAGUCCGGUGGCUUAUGUUCCUAUAAUAUCGUGUGAUGAUGUUGGAAGAAAAGAUUAUGAGAAUAAUGUUGAAGUUGGGAAGUUGAUGAUGAUGGGUGAAAGGGUUAUACCUUCGAGACAUAGAGUGCAAGUUACUGUUUCAUUGAGAGUUCCGGAGUCUGGAUAUAACAGAAAUCUUGGAGUCUUUCAGGCCAGGGUUGAUUUUCUAUUGUCUAAUGGUAAAACUAUUGCAAGCUUGAGUCAACCUUGCAUGUUAAGAUUCCGAAGCGAACCUAUCCGCCUAAUCAUGACUUUCCUCAAAAUUGCUCCUCUCAUUACUGGCUAUACAUCAGAAACCCAGAUUCUGAAUGUUAAGAUGAGAGGUUUCGUUGAAGGGAAUAUACCUACUUCAUGCUUGAAAGUGACACUUGAGCAACGACCAGAAUAUCAACCUGGUGCUGGCAUUCCAGAAAUAUAUGAUGCAUCUCUUGUUGUUGAGUCGGAACUUCCCUUUUUCAAAAGGAUGAUCUGGCAAUGGAAGAUGAGCAUAUUUAUAUGGAUUUCAAUGAUGGCAUUCUUCACAGAAUUGAUUUUUAUUCUAGUGUUUUGUAGGCCUAUAAUAAUUCCAAGAACAAGGCAAAGGGCGGCAUCUGCUCGCGGUCCUGCAACUUUGAACAGUCUUCAUAUACAAAGUUGAGAUUCUGAUUUCCCAGGCUUUGUUGCAAUGAUGGAAGUAAGUUUUUGUCCAACAGUUUAACCUCGCAUGUUCUGAGUUCUGACUCCUAGCCUAUAGUAUAUGUUUAGUGAGUAAUCCUAACAUCUCAUUCUUUUUGUUUUUUCCUUCUCCGUUAAAUUUCAUUUGUAACUGCAAUGUAAAUUUUAAUGCCACGUCAUGUAUAUAAUGUGAUUUAUAUUAUAAUAAUCAUAGAAAUUGAGUUUUAGCUAA